AUGGGCGCCGGCGCAAGUACUCCCUCUGCUCCUGCAGAGCCUCCUGCGGCGACAUGUCCAGUCGACCACAAGACCCGUGAAAUUUGGCUUCAACAAAAUGGCGGCAACGCUCCGCAUCCCUUAUCCUCCGCGCCAGCGCAAGAACAAGAACAAGCUCCCACAAAACUACAACGACCAUUAUCCACUGAUCGGGAGGUCAGCAGUAUACCCCGAGCAGGCAGUCCAUCCGCCGCAGCAAUUUGUCCAGAAGGAAAGAAGGGAUCUCCAGCACCUGCCGAACCCUCCCCGUACGCCGCAUCGCAUGGCUCUCCGUCCAACGCCGAAGCUGAGACUGGCCAUGACGAGGCCACCGGCAACUGGAUUUACCCAUCAGAGAAACAAUUCUUUGAAGCUUUGAUGCGCAAGGGUAACACCCCGGAGUCAACGUCCACUGCUUCCGAACUAGCAACUUCCGUCGCCUCUAUUAUUCCCAUCCACAACGCAGUCAACGAGCGCGCAUGGCAACAAAUCCUCGACUGGGAGAAGAAAGCUCCCUCCUCAGAUCCAGGCAGCAAGAAAUGUGGAGGACCCAAGUUAUAUUCAUUUCGCGGACUCGGAGCUGAUCCCCAAUUCCUGAGCCCACGUGCCCGAAUCAACGGGUGGCUCGGGUACCAGCGUCCAUUUGACCGACAUGAUUGGGUCGUUGAGCGCUGUGGUGGUGAACGUGUCGAAUACGUGAUCGACUUCUACCAGGGGAAAGCAUCUGGCGGCACCGGAAACCCGGCUGGGUUGACAGGGAAUGCCGCCCCUGGCAAACUCAGCUUCUAUCUGGAUGUGCGGCCAAAGCUGAGCACCUACGAGGGAUGGAAGAUGAGAUUUAGCAGCUUCGUAGGACUCUAG